AUGGAAAUCUUUUGGAAGACGUGGACAUGGAUUUUGAGCCUAGUCAUGGUUACAUCAGAACUUCAUGGUGACAACAGGCUUUCGUAUAGUUCUCAAGAGGAAUUCCUGUCUUACCUUGAACAUUACCAACUAACAGUCCCAAUAAGGGUUGAUCAAAAUGGAGCCUUCCUCAGCUUUACUGUGAAAAGUGCUAAACCCUCAAGAAGGAGGAGGAGUACAGACCCUUAUGACCAAGAACUGGCAGCAUCUAAAUUAUUUUUUAAACUUUCUGCCUAUGGCAAGCACUUUCAUUUAAACCUGACUCUCAACACAGAUUUGGUGUCCAGACAUUUUACCGUAGAGUACUGGGGGAAAGAUGGACCACAAUGGAAGCACGAUUUCUUAGACCACUGUUACUACACAGGAUAUUUGCAAGACCAGCACAGUACAACUAAAGUGGCCUUAAGCAACUGCAAUGGUCUGCAUGGAGUGAUUGCUACAGAAGAUGAAGAGUAUUUUAUUGAGCCUUUAAGGAAUAUAACAGAAGAUUCUGGUAACUUUAAUUAUGAGAACGGUCAUCCUCAUGUUAUAUACAAAAAAUCUACCAUGCACCAGCAACAUCUCUAUGAUCACAGCCAUUGUGGAGUCUCAGACCUGACAAGAAGUGGUAAACCUUGGUGGAUGAGUGAUGCAUCUGCUUUUCCAGCUUCACUUCCAGUCAAUGACACGUUAAGUAGUCAUAGUCGACAGAAGAGAUCAGUAAGCCUUGAACGGUUUGUGGAAACGCUGGUAGUAGCAGACAAAAUGAUGGUGGGAUACCAUGGUCGCAAAGAUAUUGAGCACUACAUUUUGAGUGUGAUGAAUAUUGUUGCCAAACUUUAUCGUGAUUCCAGUCUAGGAAACGUUGUGAAUAUUAUAGUGACACGUUUAAUUGUCCUCACUGAAGAUCAGCCAAACUUGGAGAUAAACCACCAUGCAGACAAGUCCCUCGAUAGCUUCUGUAAGUGGCAGAAAUCCAUUCUCUCUCACCAAAGUGAUGGAAACACCAUUCCAGAAAAUGGGAUUGCCCACCAUGAUAAUGCGGUUCUUAUUACUAGAUAUGAUAUCUGCACUUACAAAAACAAGCCUUGUGGAACACUGGGCUUGGCCUCUGUGGCUGGAAUGUGUGAGCCUGAAAGGAGCUGCAGCAUUAAUGAAGACAUUGGCCUAGGUUCAGCUUUUACCAUUGCACAUGAGAUUGGUCACAAUUUUGGUAUGAAUCAUGAUGGAAUUGGAAAUUCCUGUGGGACCAAAGGUCAUGAAGCAGCAAAGCUAAUGGCAGCUCAUAUUACAGCAAACACCAACCCUUUUUCUUGGUCAGCCUGUAGUCGGGAUUACAUCACCAGCUUUUUAGA